AUGGAAACACUGGAGGCAGCGUGCAGAGAGAGUCGACGAUAUCUGCCCACCAUGCCACGAGAAAGGCAAAAGAGAGGCCGUCGAGCAGAGGCGAAGAAGGAUAAGGAUAGUCAAAAGCGAAAGCGAGGGCACGAAGCAACCGAAGCCGAAAUCACAAAGCGGCAAAAAAUACAGGGCGAUGAGAGCUCCGAAGUGCCUGUUCCGCACGACAGUGUGUUCGGACAUGGAGACGAUUACAUUCCUCUCGAGGAGGAAGCUGCUCCAGUAGACGACACGCCGUUCUAUGGACUACUGGACUCGGAUGAACAAGAGUACUUUUCCCGUGCCAACCAAACCCUGGAGCUGAACCAAUUCGAAAAUGAUGAGGACCGACAGCUCUUUAUUGACAGUGUGCUGCAAGAGGCCGGUGGGAAAGAAUUGAAAAUCGCAUGCAGCCAGUCUUGCUCAAGAUUGAUGGAAAAACUAAUCUCGAUGUCAAGUGCGAGCCAGCUGAAGCAACUUUUUGGAAAAUUCAGUGGGCAUUUCUUGCAUCUCGUUCAACACCGGUUCGCUAGCCAUUGUUGUGAACGGCUUUUCCUACGAGCGGCGCCCAUCGUAACAUACGAGUCGAAACCUCGAACAAAGAAAGGAGAUGAUGCGGAGGAGAACCAAGACGGUGGAGAAUCGGCUUCCAGCCUACCAAUGGCCGACCUAGUCUUGAACGCGAUCUCAGAACUUGAAGGCAACUGGGGCUACCUCUUAACCGAGUCAUUUGCAUCUCAUACGAUAAGAGUCCUCCUUUUGAUAUUAGCGGGGAAGUCAUUGGAUAAUUCCUCGAAUAUCGCGGUGGUUGCCAGUCGGAAAAAGGAGAAUUUCGAUGCUUUCAAAACAGACCCACAGUCUUCCUCUGGGAAGCGAAGCGUUCCUCCGGUAUUCCAAGACGCGUUGGAAAAGAUGAUCAACGGCUUGGUUGCCGGUUUAGACACCACCUAUUUACGCGCUUUGGCUACUCAUCCCGUCGGGUCCCCAGUGCUCCAGGUACUUCUAGCGGUCGAAUUGACUCACCUUGGGAAGGACAGGGCCAAGGAUCCUAACUCGGUUCUCCGGCGACUCAUUCCAGAUGAUUCUCUGGAGAAUACCGAGAGCGCAACGUUUAUUAACGGAUUAUUCUACGAUCCAGUUGGCUCCCGCUUGCUAGAGACGCUAUUCCAGCAUGUUCCAGGCAAAUUCUUCAAAAUGAUAUACAAAAGCAUCGUCCGUGAACGCAUUGGAUCUCUUUCCAGGAAUGAGAUAGCAUCGUAUGUUGCGGUUCGUGUCCUGGAAAGGCUUAGCAAAGAGGAUUUACAGGCUACCAUGGAUACCAUUUUGCGUGAGGUACCUUCAAUGGUUGAGCGAUCAAGAUUGAAUGUGAUAAAAGCUUUGAUAGAGAGAGGAGCGGUAAGAGGUGCCAAUCUUACUCCUCUAGCUAACACACUUAAAUCCGCUUAUGGAGAGGAGGCCGUUUCAAGACUUAAAAAGAUCUUGAAGUUGGAUGAGGCAUCUGAGCCUAGCAAGGAGGAUCCCACGAAGAGCGCCACUAACUUACCUUCACAACAACUUCAUGGCUCGCUUCUUGCACAGGCAAUGUUGCGAGUGCCGGGACCUCUAGCAGAGAUGAUCAGAUCUAGCUUCCUUGAGGCAACCGUGCCUUUUCUAUUGGAUAUUGCAAAAAGCCCAACAGGUUCCCGUGUUCUCCAAGAAUCACUCAUUUUCUCGAAAGCAACGGGCCAAUUCCGCAGACAAAUAAUACCCAAGUUCUCAGGACAUUUGUGCGAGCUCGCAUUAAACACGAGCGGAUCUCAUGUUGUUGAUAUACUAUGGCAAGCUACCAGUGAUCUGCUUUUCCUUAAACAGAGAUUGGCUGAUGAGCUUGUGGCCAAUGAGAAGGCGCUGCGAGAUUCUUUCCUGGGAAGGGCUGUAUGGAGGAAUUGGUCCAUGGACCUGUACAAAAGAAAACGAGGCGAAUGGAUAUCAAGGGCCAAAGGAUUAGAUCUAAACGCAUCGACAGCGGAUUCAUCCAACAAUGAACAGGUCACAAAGCCAAAAUCAAAACUGGACUUGGCAAGAGAGCGAUUUGCAGCGCAGGUGGAGGAAAAGGCAAGGAAACCAGAGUCGGAGAACCCGAAGGGAAAGGAAGAGAUCAAAGCCGGAAAGAAAAGGAAGCCGGCCGCCUUAUCGGCGAAGAGUCUACUCAGCGCAUAG